AUGAGCGCACCGAUCAUUAUCACCGUGCCCAACUACGUGACGAUGGAGGACGAAGAUUCUGAUGUUGUGGACGUGGCUCCAGCCACGCCGUCCAGAAAACGAAGACUAGACCAUCUCACGUGGGAGGAGAAGAUGCAAAGAAAGAAACUGAAAAAUCGCGUCGCGGCACAAACAUCUCGAGAUCGUAAAAAGGCAAAGAUGGAUGAGAUGGAGAGUAAAAUCAAUCACUUCAUGGCUAUCAAUGAGAGACUUGUGAAAGAGGUCAAAGAUUUGAAGGCGAUGAACGAGCGUCUGCUAAGCGAGAACACAUCACUGAAGACGGCGGCGCGGACCGUCGCGAAGGCCCCAGGACCAGCAGCGUCACCUCAGCAGAAGGAGGGGCCUUCGCCGGCGAUCCGCGCGGCACGCGCUUCAGGAGCGAGUCAAGAUGAAUCGAGCGGAGAAAGUAGAAAAUGUUCUGAAGGAGCUCAAGUGGUGGGGACCACAACAAAGCACAUGGAAUCCAGUGAAGGUGACAUCCUAGAUUCAGAGAUCAACAUUAAGCAUGAUGUCGACAGAAUAUCAGAGCACUCAUAUGCACAUCCCUACACUGAUGACGAAAAUGGUGACAAAGGAGACCUGUUCUACGCCAGUUAUGAAGCAAAUGACUGUGUGACUGUAGAAGUGUCAGAUGAGGCGGAAGAAAUGGAGAUGGACUUAAAAUUGGCCAACUGUUCGGACAUUACCCUAGAGUGUGACAUGAAAUUACUUUCACCAAUGUGUCUAUCCCCUAAAUCUAUUGAAGAAAACCUAGGCCUAUCUCCCUCACACACAAUUCUCAGCUCGGACUUAGGGUAUGAGUCCCUAGCCUCACCCCUAAGUGAGACAGACCUAGAUUUGCCAGACUUGUCAGACUUUUGGUGCGAAUCAUUCUCAGAAUUGUUCCCUGCGUUGGCGUAG